AUGGGUCAAACAAAACGCCGUGAAGGCAAGUCGUCUCGCGCACCCAAAUCCUCCCUCUUCGGCGGUGGCAGGUCCGGAGGAGGUGAUGCUGGUCAGACUCAAAUCAAGAAGGCCACCUUCGAAAUCACAAAGAAGAAAGAGGUCGGUGUCUCGGAUCUCACCUUACUGAGCAAAGUCUCCAAUGAAGCCAUCAACGACAACUUGAAAAAGCGUUUUGAACAUGGCGAAAUCUACACCUACAUUGGCCAUGUCUUGGUCUCGGUCAAUCCCUUCCGAGAUUUGGGUAUCUAUACCGAUCAAGUUCUGGAUUCUUAUCGAGGCAGGAACCGACUCGAAGUUCCUCCUCAUGUCUUUGCUGUCGCAGAAUCCUCUUAUUACAACAUGAAAGCCUACAAGGAAAACCAGUGUGUUAUCAUUUCUGGUGAGUCGGGCGCAGGCAAAACAGAGGCCGCCAAACGCCUCAUGCAGUAUAUUGCAAGUGUUUCGGGCGGGUCAGACUCGAGGAUUCAGAGGACAAAGGACAUGGUUCUUGCAACCAACCCUCUCCUCGAAUCCUUUGGCAACGCCAAAACCCUUCGAAACAACAAUUCCUCCCGCUUUGGUAAGUACCUCGAGCUCGAAUUCAACGAGACUGGUGAGCCUGUGGGGGCCAAAAUCACAAACUACCUACUAGAAAAAUCCCGAGUCGUUGGCCAGAUCACCAACGAGCGAAAUUUCCACAUCUUUUACCAAUUCACAAAGGCUGCUCCAAAAGAAUACCGUGACAAUUUUGGCAUUCAAACGCCUCAGUCAUAUGUCUACACAAGCAAGUCCAAAUGUUUCGAUGUCCCGGGCAUUGACGAUGCCAGUGAAUUCAAAGAUACUCUGGAGGCUAUGCGGAUUAUUGGCCUGACCAAGCCUGAGCAAGACAACAUCUUCCGAAUGCUAGCCGCCAUUCUGUGGGUUGGAAAUGUCACCUUUAGGGAGAAUGACCAGGGUGGUGUCGACAUCGCUGAUCAGUCCGUUGUUGACUUCGUGGCCUAUCUCCUCGAGGUCGACUCCGCUCAUGUCAACAAAGCCUUGACCAUCAGAAUUGUAGAAACCGCUCGUGGUGGUGGUCGCCGAGGCUCAAUAUAUGAAAGCCCCUUGAAUCCCACCCAGGCCAUUGCCGUACGAGAUGCUUUGGCAAAAGCCAUCUACUUCAACCUUUUUGAUUGGAUUGUUGCACGUACAAACGUUUCUUUACGAUCACAAGGUGUGGUGAAAAACACCGUAGGGAUUUUGGAUAUCUAUGGAUUCGAAAUAUUCGAAAAGAACUCUUUCGAACAACUCUGUAUCAACUACGUCAACGAGAAAUUGCAGCAGAUUUUCAUUCAGCUGACCCUGAAGACAGAGCAAGAAGAAUAUGCUCGCGAAGAAAUUCAAUGGACCCCCAUCAAAUAUUUUGAUAACAAGGUGGUGUGUUCCUUGAUUGAAGACAAGAAACCACCAGGUGUCUUUGCAGCCCUCAAUGACGCUUGUGCCACAGCUCAUGCGGAUUCUGGCGCAGCAGAUCAAACCUUUGUUGGUCGGCUCAAUUUCUUGUCAAAUAACCCGAAUUUCGAGGCUCGGCAAGGGCAAUUCAUCAUCAAGCAUUAUGCUGGUGAUGUGAGUUACCAAGUGGCGGGUAUGACCGAUAAGAACAAAGAUCAACUUCUUAAAGACCUGCUCAAUUUGGUCGGUGAAAGCUCGAAUACUUUCGUGCAUGAAAUAUUCCCCAAUCAGGUCGACCAGGAUGACAAACGCCGUCCUCCAACUGCUGGUGACAAGAUCAAAUUCUCCGCAAAUGAACUGGUGGAUACUCUCAUGCAAGCACAACCAUCAUACAUCCGAACAAUCAAACCCAACGAGAACAAAUCGCCCAAGGAGUAUAACGAGCCCAACGUCAUGCAUCAGAUCAAAUAUCUUGGUCUUCAAGAAAACGUCCGCAUUCGAAGAGCUGGUUUCGCUUAUCGUCAAACAUUUGACAAAUUUGUUGAGAGAUUCGCACUUCUAUCCCCUCGACUUUCCUACGCUGGAGAAUACACCUAUACAGGAGAUGUCAAGACUGCUUCAAAAAUCAUUUUCAAAGACACCAGUAUUCCAGAAGAAGAAUUCCAGAUGGGUGUAACUAAGGCCUUUAUCAAAACUCCCGAAACUCUAUUUGGUCUUGAGCAUAUGCGAGAUCGCUAUUGGCACAACAUGGCUGUCCGUAUUCAAAGAGCCUGGAGAAAUUAUCUCAGAUACCGGGCUGAAGCAGCGACUAGGAUCCAAAGGUUCUGGCGCAAGUCCAAAGUGGGUGUCAAGGAGAUCGAAUUUCGAGACCAAGGCCAUAGAUUACUGGGCGGCCGAAAAGAACGUCGCAGAUACAGUUUACUUGGGUCAAGACGCUUUUAUGGUGACUAUCUGGGACUCAAUAUGCCUGGUGGGCAGGGCAGAGUUCUCCGAGACUCUAUCAACCUCAAUCCACAAGAAAGAGCCGUCUUUUCUGCUCGAUGUGAGUUGUUGGUCACAAAGUUUGGAAGAUCCUCCAAACCAAUGCCCCGAAUUCUGGUUCUCACAAACAAAUCAAUAUACAUCAUCGUCCAGACUGUCAUCAACAAUCAGCUUCAAAUUUCAUCCGAGAGGACAAUACCCAUCGGUGCAGUCAAGUAUAUCUCCACCUCGAGUAUGCGAGAUGAUUGGUUUGCUCUAGGUGUUGGAUCUCCUCAAGAGCCUGAUCCACUGAUCAAUUGUGUUUUCAAGUCGGAAUUUUUCCUUCAGUUCAAGACCGUUGCUGUUGGUGGAAUGAACUUGAAGAUCGGCCCGACCAUAGAAUUCAACAAGAAACCCGGAAAACCAGCAACCAUCAAAGUCCAAAAGGACCCUGCUGUACCACGAGACGAUGUCUACAAGUCUGGCGUAAUACACGUUCCGAACGGAGAAUCACCAAACUCAGUUUCAAGGCCUACUCCCCGAGGCAAAGCAAUUGCUAAACCCAUUACAAGUGGGAAAUUGCUCCGACCUGGUGGACCUGGAGGUCAACCAUCUAAGACACAAAGUCGUCGCCCAACACCCGCCGCUCGACCUGUACCUGCACAAACUCCCUUGGCAGCUCGUCCUGUUCCUGCUACACGCCCAGUCCCACAACCUACGAAUGGAGUGGCUUCUCACACCAGUCAACCAGCAGCAUCUAUACCACGUGGAGGCCCUCCUGCACCACCACCGCCGCCGCCACCGCCUGCGGCGGCUCCGGCUGCCGUACCGUCUAAACCCCAAGCCAAGGUCAAAUUCGAUUUCAACUCUCCCAAUGGCAACGAACUGUCCAUCAAAGCUGGACAAGUCGUAGAGAUCGUACGGAAAGAAGACAAUGGAUGGUGGCUCUGCCGCAAUGCACAAACCGACCAACAAGGAUGGACGCCAUCCGCGUACGUCGAAGAAAUCGAACAAUCCCGCGCUGCACCACCACCUCCUCCGCCCCCGCCAGCUGCACCACCGCGUGCGAUCCCCACGCCCUCUGUCAUGGUUAACGGCGCCUCAAACCCCGGAGCGACCGCAACAACACGCGCGAAGCCCACCCCUCCCGCUCCACCGGCGAAACGCCCCGCUCCAGCCACAGGCCGCAAACCGGGUGUUUCUCCCGCCCGAGACAGCGGCAUGAGUCUCGGCACCGGUGGCAGUGGUCGGGAUUCUGGCCGCUCCACGCCGAACAGUAUUGGCGGCGGCAGUCUUGCGGGUGGCCUUGCUGAGGCACUACGCGCGAGGCAGAGUGCCAUGAGUGGGAGUGGGAAUCUGAAGAAUGCCAAAGAUGACGAUGAUGAUUGGUAA